ACAAAUCCCAUGAUGCUCUGGGUGGCAGAGACUGGGCCGGAAGCGGGAGGAUGGUUACAGCAAAUAGCGCCGGCCGGGUAAAGCAUGAAGCUGUACUGUUUGUCGGGGCAUCCAACCUUGCCAUGCAAUGUGCUCAAAUUCAAAUCCACCACUAUCAUGUUAGACUGCGGACUGGAUAUGACAUCUACCCUCAAUUUCCUCCCACUGCCACUGGUUCAGAGUCCCAGGCUGUCCAAACUCCCCGGCUGGGUUUUAAAAGAUGGAAACACUUUCCUAGACAAGGAACUAAAGGAAUGUUCUGGCCACGUGUUUGUAGACUCUGCACCUGAAUUCUGUUUGCCAGAGACCGAGCUGCUAGACCUGUCAACGGUAGAUGUCAUCCUGAUCUCAAACUAUCACUGUAUGAUGGCAUUGCCCUACAUCACAGAGUAUACUGGAUUCACUGGAACGGUGUAUGCCACUGAGCCCACUGUACAGAUUGGCAGACUUCUCAUGGAAGAGCUGGUGAAUUUUAUUGAACGUGUGCCAAAGGCUCAGUCUGCCUCCUUGUGGAAGAAUAAGGAAGUGCAGCGGCUACUGCCUGCCCCUCUGAAAGAGGCAGUGGAGGUGUCUAUGUGGAGGAGGUGUUACACCAUGCCCGAAGUGAACGCUGCACUCAGCAAGAUCCAGCUGGUGGGAUAUUCUCAGAAAAUUGAGCUGUUUGGUGCCGUGCAGGUUACUCCUCUCAGUUCUGGCUAUGCACUUGGAAGCUCCAACUGGAUUAUACAAUCACAUUAUGAGAAGGUGUCCUAUGUUUCGGGGUCCUCGCUGCUCACAACACACCCGCAGGCCAUGGACCAGGCUUCUCUUAAAAACAGCGAUGUUCUCAUUCUGACGGGGCUUACCCAGAUUCCCACCGCUAACCCAGAUGGCAUGGUGGGGGAGUUCUGCAGUAACCUGGCUAUGACUGUCCGGAAUGGAGGAAACGUCCUGGUUCCAUGUUAUCCUUCUGGAGUGAUAUAUGACCUGCUGGAGUGUCUUUAUCAAUACAUCGACUCUGCAGGACUCUCCAAUGUCCCCUUUUACUUCAUCUCACCUGUUGCCAACAGCUCCCUGGAGUUCUCCCAGAUCUUUGCUGAGUGGCUGUGUCAUAAUAAACAGACGAAGGUGUAUCUCCCAGAACCUCCCUUUCCUCAUGCUGAGCUCAUUCAGACAAACAAACUGAAGCACUAUCCCAGUAUCCAUGGAGACUUCAGCAAUGAUUUCAAACAGCCAUGCGUUGUGUUCACUGGACAUCCAUCCCUCAGGUUUGGGGAUGUGGUGCACUUUAUGGAGCUGUGGGGAAAAUCUAGCCUUAACACUGUUAUAUUUACAGAGCCUGACUUUUCUUAUCUGGAUGCACUGGCUCCUUAUCAACCUCUGGCUAUGAAAUGCGUUUACUGCCCCAUCGACACGAGACUGAAUUUUAUUCAGGUGUCCAAGUUACUCAAAGAAGUCCAGCCUCUCCAUGUGGUUUGUCCAGAGCAGUACACUCAGCCUCCACCCACCCAGUCCCAUCGCACAGACCUGAUGAUAGACUGCCAGCCGCCGGCAAUGUCAUACCGCAGAGCAGAGGUGCUGACUCUCCCAUUCAAGCGGCGCUAUGAGAAGAUUGAAAUCAUGCCAGAACUUGCAGAUUCGCUGGUGCCCUUGGAGAUUAAACCUGGCAUUUCCUUAGCAACCGUUUCUGCCGUGCUGCAUACCAAAGACAACAAGCAUGUGCUUCAGCCCCCUCCAAAACCCACACAGCCCCCAGCUAGCAAGAAGAGAAAGCGGGUGAGUGACGACGCGCCGGAAUGCAAACCUUUGAAGCCGUUGCUGAGUGGCUCCAUUCCCAUGGACCAGUUUGUGCAGACACUGGAGAAGCAUGGUUUCAGUGAUGUGAAGGUAGAGGACACAGCAAAGGGACACAUUGUGCUCUUGCAAGAGGCAGAAACCCUCAUUCAGAUAGAAGAAGAUUCAACACACAUCAUCUGCGACAAUGAUGAAACACUCCGGGUCAAGUUGCGGGACCUGGUUCUCAAAUUCCUUCAGAAAUUCUAGUGCUUCCUCGACGGAGAUCCAGCCUCUCCUGAACAAGGAAAGCAAAGCAGGCCUGUGAGAUGAAAAACUCCAGAGCAAAUGUAACAGCUUCCCCUGGGGGAGACGCAGAGAGUGCUGCUCUGAUUUCAUAAAGAGCAGAAAACUUCUUCCGCAUGAGGAAAAGAGGGGAGUAUUUUAUAUAUAAAUAAUUUUAACCAACUUUUUGCAACCUUUCAAACCAAUUCCCUUGCUGUAAAUUUGGGUUUAGAGCCCUUCGGUAAGAAUUGCAAAAUAAAACAUAUGCUGUAUGUUUUCAUC